CAGAAAGGCCGAACUCCAACGGGCCAGACGCUCGUGAAGACCGCACGACGGAUGAGGAAGGGGCGGAGCGACGCUGCAGCAACAAAGCGGCUAUGAAGCUUCAACAACGGGACGCUGCUAUCGAAGCUACCGUUCUCCUGGGAAACAUGACCGCUGUUCUUCAGAAGACGCCGGUCGGAACACGGACCCACAAGCGCGUGGUUCCUUCAAGUUGACAGGACAGAACUUCCUGCUUUUAACUUUGUCCAAUGGAUAGCGAACGACAUAGCCUGAGGUGGAACCUCCAGAAGUUUAAACCUGACAGGAGAUGGCCGAGUGUCACAGAGGAAAGAGGGCGGGAUAAGAGUGUCACGAUGGCGCCCAGGUCCACAUAUGUGACAGGCAGACACUACGUAUUGAGAAAACCUCUGUUCUCUGCAGAACAACACGCCUCCAUCUUAAAGAAGACAUACACGCAGAAGAGCACUGAGGAGGAGAAACAGUCGGAUUCUAGCAGCCAAGGAGACAUCGUGACCAGACCGAGUCCAGAGCCGACCCCGGAGAGCUCUGGCCUCGCUAGCAGUGACUGCUCCAGAACUGACCCGGGCUUGCCCUUGGGUGUCUGGGAUCUCUGGACUGGGCCGCCCCACAAUGGACCCACGUUUGGAUAUCCCAGCAGCGUUUCAGCUCAGCGGGGCCUGUCCAGCUCUUUCCUGGAGGUCCAGAGAAUGAACCCUCCUUGCAGACCACUGCUGAGCUCCACGGUCCUGUAUCCUUCUUACACUCCUCGCUCAGGGAGCUCCAGGCCGUGCCAGACCCAGCUCAGGGCAGGGGGUAGAGAGAGAGACACCCAACCGCACUCUUCUGCGGGAGACUCAGGACUCUUGAUGUCCUCGCAUCAGGCAAACUACUGGGCCUGUGCCAUCCCCAAAGCUUUGCCCCCAUCUCCAGACAGGAGCUCUGCCAGCUGGGACCCCAACAGGGAGUACCAAUCCCUGCUGGACUACACCUACCCUCUGAGACCAGGACAGAUGGUGCGUGAGGGGGGCAUCUCCAAGCUCUGGAGGGACUCCCAACUUCAGACAGUCUCCAACCUGCAGGACUCAGGGAUCGAUCUGGACCAUCUUUGUAGCUCCACCAGCCUGUCGGGGUUGGACUUUUCUCUCAGUGCGGGUCAUGGAUACCCUGAUGUGCCGGGGUUCAACAACAAAUACUCAGAUGGUCCGGACCCUGUGGGUCUGUCCCUGGACAGUUUGAACUGCAGUAUGCAAAGAGGCGGAAUGAGUGGGUUUGACAGUCUCUCUUCCACCUCCGCUGCUUGUUCCCGCUCCGCCAGCAUUUUCCGGUCCUCCAGGUAUGUGGGCGGGGAGGUGUACGAGGAGUUCUUACCACUACCGGAUCAACUGGAGCAGCGGCAGCUGCUGUCCAGGCGGGUGAGGGAGGUGUCGGCCCAGUUGAGCCGGCCUGUCACAAACGGCUGGGAAUCUCUGGAGCCAGGCACCACCUCUGUCACCCUGCCUGAGAAACAGGAGGAGCAGGAGGUGGGGUCUAUACUAAGAGAGCUGGAAGGCGACAAUCAAUACACGGAUGAAGGAAAAUAUAAGGACAGAGAGGACAGGAGAGUUGCUCAGACUGCGGCGAGGAGUUCUGGAGCCCGGGUGGAGCCUGUAGGAGGGGGGCCAAGUCCAUCCAGUCUCAGGGAAGUGGAGGUUUUGGCGGAGCAGCUGUGCGGCCUUAUGCUGCCCGGUGGCAGGACGAGCAGCCAGGACGACCGGGAGACAAGUGACUCCCUGAUGCAACACAUCCAGGUCUUCUGCUCACACCUGGAGCAGCUCAUUCAGCAGCUCUACUCGGCGUCAGAGAAGAUGGAAUUGCUUGCUGCGCCCACGGUGGACAUAGACAGCGUGAAGUCGUCUCUGGCUGAGUAUCAGAGUUUCCAGAGAGAAGUGAGCGGCCACCGGCCACUGUGCUCCUGCGUCCUGCACACCGGACGCCGUCUCCUUGGCUGCAUCAACAACGCGUCCCCACUUUUAAGAGACACCCUGCUGCUUAUCGAAAGGCGCUGCGGAGCUCUGGAGACUCCCAACGAACACUUCUCCUCCAUCCUGUCCGCCAUGAACAGCCUCGCUCGGCCCGGACCGCUCGAGCAGAGCGGAGAGGAGGACCCGGGCCCAGCGGGGGUCCCUGGGUCUGCUCUGUGAAGAAACUGUGUGACAGUGCUGUGAUAUUUCAUUUCACAUUCAUGUGUCUUUUUUUUAAACAUGUUCAAUAGGGUUAAAUGGGGACUUUUUAUGGUUACUUUUAUUAGUACAUUUGAUUAACUUUUCACCUGUAGUGUAACUUCACACACAAAUCUCCACCUCUUUGUCAUGUCCACACAGCAAAAAGGUUCAUUCUUAUUUUCUUCUGAAGGUUAUUGUGUUCAUUAAUCAUUUGUAACCUGAAAUCCAGAAUGUUUCCUUCCUAGAAGCAUGGCUAAAAUUGAUAAUUCAAUUGAAUAUCGUCUUAAUGCAAGUUCUCAGCGGGUUAUCUAUUAGUUAUCAGUAGUAGAAGUUGCACACUGGUAACCACGAGGCAAAAUGGUUCAAUGGGUUACCAAUGAAGGGAAACGAGUGGUCCUUUACGCCGGCCUUUUUACCAGUCAGGACUUUUCCAUCACAGCAGUGCCUUCUUCCUUUGUUAUCCUUGAUAUCCAUUAGUUCAGCUUUUAUACCCACUGUUUCCUAUUAAAUGACCAUUGGCACUUUCAAAGGGAAACACAAACUGAACCCGUCUUUCAUAUUUGUCUUAAUUUAAUCCUCAUGCUUCUUUGUGACCUUGACAAGGUAACAAGUCCAUCAGCGAGAAGAUGGUCUUCUUUUGUGUAUCAUAUAUAUAUAUAUUGUCUGAAAUAUUUAAUACUUGAGCACAUAAUCUAGUAAAAUCUUGCAGCUUCACCAUUAAAUUAUGCAGCGCCUGAUGCAAUAAAAUUUGAGCAUCAGGGUCCCUCAAUAUGUGUGCUACUCCUGUCACUGUCAUGGCUGGAUACGUCCAUCCUAAGUGUCUCUCAAUUUGGGUGAAAAGAAACAUCUACAAAACCCAAAGAGAUUUCACUAUACAGUAAUUCUAUUAAAGUCAUUAAACAGAGUGGUGUUUUAAA